UUUUCUUAUUUAUUAUUUGUAUUCAGUUGAUUGUUAAAAUAUUCAUUUCCUUUUUCUUUCAUUCCCAAUCAAGAAUUGGUAUCUUAGUACAAAUAUAUUAUACAAAGAAAUAUAAUUUCUAAAAUGAAAGACACUGGUAUUGAUUUAUUUUGGAGAUGCAGAUCAUAGUUUACCGAAGAUAUCCUAUUUUCCACCCUCAGAGUCUUUAGAAUUACAAUUUACAACACGUGUGCUAUAUUUGCCAUUUAGACAUGCAUUUUCUAAUAAUGAGUUUCUCAUAAGUGGGAAAAAAAAUCAAAGAACGUCCUGGAGAAUUAAGUAUAUACGUAGUUUCGCAGUAUUUUUGUUUACAUAUUUACGUAUCUGUUUUCACUGUAUCUUUUACUUAAGUAAUAGACAUCUUCAGCAACGUUUAUCGUUAGAGGUGAUUGAAAAAUGGAUGAAUUAUACAGUAGUGAUGAUUCUGCAGAUGAGAGGCCUAGAAAACAUAAAUCUCCAGAACAGAGUGCUCAAUCUGAUGAUGAACAAAGUGAUCAAGAGUCUGGAAAUGGACAGGCAGCUCAUUCAGAACAAGAAAGUGAAAGAUCUGAUGCAAAUGAAAGUGAUUCUGAUGCAGAAGAUAAAAGUUCGCCAGUUCGUAAACAGAAUGAUUCAGAUGAUGGAUCUCAUGGUCAAGAUUCUGAUGCUGAAUCUGAAGCACAGAGGUCAGAUGCUUCUGAAGAGCAACGUUCUGAGAAUGAAUCUGAUAAGCAUGGGUCUGAUGAAGAAGAAGCAGAGGAACAUAAUGAUUCUGAUAUAGAACUUGACGAAGAGAGAGUAGCUUACAAAAGAAAAUAUCAAUCAGCUCGUAGCACAUCUCCUCAAAGUGAAGCACAGUCAGAAGCUGAGCAAUCUGAAGCUGAGUCAGGAAAGCAGAGUCCAGCUGCAUCUGACAAAGAAAGUCAUCAAGGAGACCAAUCUGAAGAUGCUCAUUCAGAAGCUGAAGCCAAUUCAGAUGCUGAAGCUCACUCAGAUGCUGAAGCUCACUCAGAUGCUGAAGCCCACUCAGAAGCUGAAGCCCACUCAGAAACUGAAGCCCACUCAGAAACUGAAGCCCAGUCAGAAGCUGAAGCCCACUCAGAAACUGAAGCCCACUCAGAAGCUGAAGCUCACUCAGAAGUUGAAGCCCACUCAGAUGCAGAAGCUCAUUCAGAUGCUGAAGCGCAUUCUGAAGCUCAUUCAGAUGCUGAAGCACAUUCUGAAGCUCAUUCAGAUGCUGAAGCCAAUUCUGAUGUUGAAGCCCAUUCAGAAGCUGAGGCUCAUUCAGAGGAAGAGAAAUCUGAAGCAGCUUCUGAAAAUGAAGCAUCUGACCAUGAAAAUAAAUCAGCUGCCAGUGACAAUGAAGUACCAUUACGAAACCGACAAGUCCUGAGCAGUGAUGAGGACAGAGAUUCUGAUGAUGAAGCUGUUAACAGGGAGCAGCAUUCUGCAGCUGAAAAUGGCAAGUCCUCAGACAGAGAUGAAUCUGGCCAUGAAUCUGAAGAUGAAAGGAAGAAUACUUCUUCAGCAAAAUCUGAAAAUGAAAACUCAAGUGCUGCAUCUGAAGCUGAAAAUUCAGAUGAAGAAAUUAAGCCAAGAAAGAGACAAAAAAUAAGCAAUGAUGAUGACUUAGAUUCAGAAGAGGAGGUUCAGAAAAGAAAAAGCAGUAGUGGUAAUGAAGAUGCAUCAGCUGAUGAAUCAGAUGUAAAGUCUAAAAGGAAAAGAAAAUUAAGUAGUGAUGAAGAAAAUGAAUCAGGCCAAGAUUCAGAUAAUGAACAAAAGAAAAGGAAGAAGAUAAAGUCUGUUAUUGAAGAUGAUUCAGAUCAAGGUUCUGAUGCAGAAAACCAAAUGAAUGAACAGGAGGCAUCUGAUGGAGGUUUGUGCUUCUAUUACUGUACUAUCUGAUUUCCUAUUCUUGAU